AUGUCGCGUCCACCUCCACCACCUCCCCCGGGCUGGGGCCCUCCUCCUCCGCCGCCUCCUCCAUCUUCAUCGAUACCCCCCCCUCCCUCGAUGCCAGCACCUCUAGCUCCGCCACCGCCUGGCUAUCACCCAUCCUCCGAUCCCCACAUCGCAAAGUUUGCCCAGAAGAAGAAAGAAUGGCUGCGGGAGCAGCGCAACAGAUUUGGGGAGAAGCGGAAAGCCGGCUUUGUCCAGACACAGAAGGCUGACAUGCCGCCGGAGCAUCUUCGCAAGAUUGUCAAAGACAUCGGCGACGUCUCGCAGAAGAGGUUCACCAACGACAAACGGAGCUACCUGGGCGCCCUGAAGUUCAUGCCGCACGCAGUCUUGAAGCUCCUCGAGAACAUGCCGAUGCCGUGGGAGUCGGCCCGCGAGGUCAAGGUGCUCUACCACGUCAACGGCUGCCUGACGCUCGUCAACGAGACUCCUCGAGUCAUCGAACCUGUCUUCUUCGCCCAGUGGGCCAUGAUGUGGACCUUCAUGCGCAAGGAAAAGGCCGACAGACGACUCUUCAAGCGCAUGCGAUUCCCGCCCUUCGACGACGAAGAACCGCCGCUGUCCUGGUCCGAAAACAUCGAAGAUGUCGAGCCCCUCGAGCCCAUUCAAAUGGAGCUCAACGAGGAAGAAGACGACGCCGUCUACGACUGGUUUUACGACCACCGCCCUCUGCUCGACACGCCUCAUGUGAACGGUCCCAGCUACAAGGCCUGGAAUCUCACCCUGCCCCAGAUGGCUGCGCUGUUUCGACUCAGCCGACCGCUCAUCUCCGACGUCGUCGACAAGAACUACUUUCACCUCUUCGACCUCAAGAGUUUCCUGACGGCCAAGGCCCUCAACGUCGCCCUCCCUGGCGGGCCGCGAUUCGAGCCCCUGUACAAGGACAUCAACCCAAAUGACGAAGACUUUGGCGAAUUCAAUGCCAUCGAUCGCAUCAUCUUCCGGAAUCCUAUCCGCACCGAGUUCCGCGUCGCGUACCCCUUCCUCUACAACUCCUUACCCAGGAGCGUCCACCUCUCAUGGCAUUCCUCUCCCCAGGUUGUCUUCAACCGGGCCGACGACCCGGAUCUGCCGACCUUCCACUUCGACCGCCGCAUCAACCCCAUCUCCUCGCGCACAGUGGCCCCGAAAAACGUUGAAAUAUCCCACGAAGACGAGUUGUUUGGACCCGGCAACAAUGAAGAGCCCGAGGACGAAUUGUUCGAGCUGCCGGCUGAUGUCGAGCCCUUCUUCGAAGAGGAAGAUCUUGAAAACUCGGACACAUCAUCCGCCAUUGAGCUCUGGUGGGCGCCCUUCCCCUUCGACCGACGCUCCGGCAGGAUGGUCCGAGCUCAGGAUGUCGCCCUCGUGAAGCAGUGGUAUCUAGAACACCCCCCUUCCGAUCGGCCGCCCGUCAAGGUCAGAGUUUCGUACCAGAAGCUGCUCAAAAACUACGUGCUCAAUGAGCUGCACAAAAAGACGCCCAAGGCGCAUAACAAGCAGAACCUUCUCAAGUCUUUGAAGCAGACAAAGUUCUUCCAGCAGACCACCAUUGAUUGGGUCGAGGCCGGGCUCCAGGUGUGCCGUCAAGGUUUCAAUAUGUUGAACCUCUUGAUCCACCGCAAAAACUUGACCUACCUCCACCUUGACUACAACUUCAACCUGAAGCCAGUCAAGACCCUCACCACCAAAGAGCGAAAGAAAUCUCGAUUCGGCAACGCCUUUCACCUGAUGCGAGAGAUCCUGAGGCUGACAAAGUUGAUUGUCGAUGCCCAAGUCCAGUACCGCCUCGGCAACAUUGACGCCUUCCAGCUGGCAGACGGCAUUCUCUACGCCUUCAACCACGUCGGACAGCUCACCGGCAUGUAUCGAUACAAGUACAAGCUGAUGCAUCAGAUUCGGACGUGCAAGGACCUGAAGCAUCUCAUCUACUACCGCUUCAACUCCGGCCCUGUCGGCAAAGGACCCGGCUGCGGCUUCUGGGCACCUGCCUGGAGAGUCUGGCUCUUUUUCCUGCGAGGCAUCAUCCCCCUUCUCGAGCGUUGGCUCGGCAACCUGCUCUCGCGACAGUUCGAGGGCCGACACAGCAAGGGCGUCGCAAAGACGGUGACCAAGCAGCGCGUCGAGUCGCACUUUGACCUCGAGCUGCGUGCCUCCGUCAUGGCUGAUCUGAUGGACAUGAUGCCCGAGGGAAUCAAGCAGAACAAGGUCAAUACCGUCCUGCAACACUUGUCGGAGGCUUGGCGAUGCUGGAAGAGCAACAUUCCUUGGAAAGUUCCCGGCUUGCCCGCCCCCAUCGAGAACAUCAUCCUGCGAUACGUAAAGUCCAAGGCAGAUUGGUGGAUCUCCGUUGCCCACUACAACCGCGAGCGGAUUCGACGCGGAGCCACCGUCGACAAGACGGUGGCCAAGAAGAAUGUCGGUCGACUGACGCGGCUGUGGCUCAAAGCCGAGCAGGAGCGCCAGCACAACCACAUGAAGGACGGUCCAUACGUCUCUUCCGAGGAGGCCGUCGCCAUAUACACCACCACAGUCCACUGGCUUGAGUCGCGCAAGUUCUCGCCCAUUCCGUUCCCCAGCGUCUCGUACAAGCAUGACACCAAGAUCCUCAUCCUCGCCCUCGAGCGUUUGCGUGAUGCGUAUUCCGUCAAGGGCCGUCUCAACCAGAGCCAGCGUGAAGAGCUUGCACUGAUCGAGCAGGCCUACGACAGCCCGGGCACGACGCUGGAGAGGAUAAAGAGGUUUCUGCUCACGCAGCGGGCGUUCAAGGAAGUCAGCAUCGACAUGAAUGACAACUACAACACCAUAAACCCCGUUUAUGACAUUGAACCCAUCGAGAAGAUCAGCGACGCCUACUUGGACCAGUACCUCUGGUACCAAGCUGAUCAGCGACACUUGUUCCCCGCCUGGAUCAAGCCGUCCGACUCCGAGGUGCCACCCCUGCUGACCUACAAGUGGGCGCAAGGCAUCAACAAUCUAAGCCAGGUGUGGGAGACGGCGAAUGGCGAGUGCAACGUCAUGGUUGAGACGGAGCUGUCCAAGGUCUACGAGAAGAUGGAGCUGACGCUGCUCAACUCCCUCCUGAGAUUGAUCAUGGAUCAUAACUUGGCCGAUUACAUCACAGCCAAAAACAACGUACAGCUGACGUACAAGGACAUGAACCACGUCAACAGCUACGGCAUGAUCCGUGGCCUUCAGUUCUCCGCAUUUGUGUUCCAGUACUACGGCCUGGUCCUGGAUCUGCUUCUCCUCGGCCCUCAGCGGGCGAGUGAGAUUGCUGGCCCGCCCCAGAGCCCGAACGAUUUCUUGCAGUUCCGAGACCAGGAAACGGAGACGAGACACCCGAUCCGUCUCUACAGCCGUUACAUCGACAAGAUCUGGGUCUUCUUGCGCUUCUCUGCCGAAGAGUCCAGAGAUCUCAUUCAGCGGUUCCUCACGGAGCAGCCGGACCCUAACUUUGAGAACGUCAUCGGCUACAAGAGCAAGAAGUGCUGGCCGAGAGACUCUCGCAUGCGCCUCAUGCGACACGACGUGAAUCUGGGACGAGCCGUCUUCUGGGACCUGAAGAACCGACUUCCGCGAUCCGUCACGACGAUUGACUGGGAUGACAGCUUCGUCAGCGUGUAUAGUCGAGACAACCCGAACCUGCUCUUCUCAAUGUGUGGCUUCGAAGUUCGCAUCCUGCCCAAGAUACGGAACAAGAACGAAGAGUUCCCGGUCAAGGACAGCGUCUGGUCCCUUGUGGACAAUACGACCAAGGAGCGGACGGCUUACGCGUUCCUGCAAGUCACGCAGGAGGACAUUCAAAAGUUCAACAACCGCAUCCGCCAGAUUCUCAUGUCGUCUGGCUCGACCACCUUCACCAAGAUUGCCAACAAGUGGAACACCGCGCUCAUCGCGUUGUUCACCUACUACCGCGAGGCGGCCGUAUCCACGGUCGACCUGCUGGACACGAUCGUCAAGUGUGAGACCAAGAUCCAGACCCGCGUCAAGAUCGGACUGAACUCCAAGAUGCCGUCGCGUUUCCCCCCUGCCGUCUUCUACACGCCCAAGGAGCUGGGUGGACUGGGCAUGAUUUCGGGCUCCCACAUUCUGAUUCCCGCCAGUGACAAGCGCUGGUCCAAGCAAACCGACACCGGCGUCACGCACUACCGUGCCGGCAUGACUCACGAUGAGGAGACUCUUAUUCCCAACAUCUUCCGCUACAUUAUUCCUUGGGAGGCCGAGUUCAUCGACUCGCAACGCGUCUGGACCGAAUAUUCGCAGAAGCGCCAGGAGGCGAACCAGCAGAACCGUCGACUCACCCUGGAAGAUCUCGAGGAUAGCUGGGACCGUGGCCUUCCGAGAAUCAACACGCUGUUCCAGAAGGAUCGAAGCACGCUGAGCUUUGACAAGGGCUUUCGUGCGCGUUCGGAAUUCAAGCUGUAUCAGCUCAUGAAGAGCAAUCCUUUCUGGUGGACGAGCCAGAGGCACGAUGGCAAGCUGUGGAACCUGAACGCCUACCGAACCGACGUCAUCCAGGCCCUGGGUGGUGUCGAGACGAUUCUUGAGCACACGCUCUUCAAGGCCACCGGCUUUCCGUCUUGGGAGGGUCUCUUUUGGGAAAAGGCCUGUCUUGCCAACGGCACGAUGCUCCUUCGAUACGACAAGACGCAGGUCGCAGUCGAGGAUGUCAAGGAGGGCGAUCUGCUUCUGGGCCCUGACGGAGGACCCCGACGAGCUUUCAACGUUGUCUCAGGAACCGACCGCCUCUAUCGCAUCGCCAUCGGAGGUGGCAAGGAAGACCUCGUGGUUACGUCGAACCAUAUCCUCGUCCUGCACAAAGAAUCUGCCUCGGCCGCUGACCUCUACGAAACGGUCGAAAUGACGGCUGCAGAGUUUGCGAGCCUUGAUCCGAAGGCGAGGAGCCAGCAUAAAUUGUUCACCUCGCCCAGCUUUGAUCUUCUUGAAGAGUCGAGAAUUGCCCAGACGCAGCGCUUCGCCGUGGCGGACAUCGUCCAAGAAUCAGAGCCGACGCCGUGGGCAGGUUUCCGCGUGGACAAGGACCAGCUGUACCUACGACAUGACUGCCUCGUGCUCCACAACAGUGGUUUCGAGGAGAGCAUGAAGUUUAAGAAGUUGACCAACGCGCAGAGGUCUGGUCUGAACCAGAUCCCCAACCGUCGAUUUACGCUUUGGUGGUCGCCAACCAUCAACCGAGCCAACGUGUACGUUGGUUUCCAGGUGCAACUGGACCUGACCGGAAUCUUCUUGCACGGAAAGAUCCCCACGUUGAAGAUUUCGCUCAUCCAGAUCUUCCGAGCCCAUUUGUGGCAGAAGAUUCAUGAGUCCGUCGUCAUGGACCUGUGCCAGGUGUUUGACCAGGAGCUGGAGGCGCUCGGCAUCGAGACUGUGCAGAAGGAGACGAUUCACCCGCGAAAAUCGUACAAGAUGAACAGCUCUUGUGCCGACAUUCUUCUGUUCGCCAGCCACAAGUGGAACGUCACCCGGCCGUCGCAGCUGCACGACACCAAGGACGUCAUCGAGCCGACGACGACCAACAAGUUCUGGAUCGACGUUCAGCUGCGCUACGGCGACUACGACUCACACGACAUCGAGCGCUACACGCGGGCCAAAUACCUCGACUACACGACCGACAGCGCCAGCAUCUACCCGUCGGCCACCGGCUUGAUGAUCGGCAUCGACCUUGCGUACAAUCUCUACGCGGCCUUUGGCAUGUACUUCCCGGGUCUGAAGCUCCUGAUCCAGCAGGCCAUGGCCAAGAUCAUGAAGGCCAACCCUGCGCUGUACGUCUUGCGCGAGCGAAUCCGCAAGGGUCUGCAGCUGUACGCGUCGGAAAGCAACCAGGAGUUCCUGAACUCGCAGAACUACUCGGAGCUCUUCAGCAACCAGACGCAGCUCUUCAUCGACGACACCAACGUGUACCGUGUCACGAUCCACAAGACGUUCGAAGGCAACUUGACGACGAAGCCGAUCAACGGCGCCAUCUUCAUCUUCAACCCCCGGACGGGACAGCUGUUCUUGAAGAUCAUCCACACGAGCGUCUGGGCCGGGCAGAAGCGUCUCGGGCAGCUUGCCAAGUGGAAGACGGCCGAGGAAGUGGCGGCGCUGAUCCGGUCGCUGCCGGUCGAGGAGCAGCCGAAGCAGCUGAUCGUGACGCGCAAGGGCCUGCUGGACCCGCUCGAGGUGCAGCUCGUCGACUUCCCGAACAUCUCGAUCCGAGCGUCGGAGCUGCAGCUGCCGUUCCAGGCGGCGAUGAAGGUGGAAAAGCUGGGCGACAUGAUCCUGCGGGCGACGGAGCCGCAGAUGGUGCUGUUCAACCUGUACGACGAGUGGCUCAAGUCGAUCUCGUCCUACACGGCCUUUUCCCGUCUCAUCUUGAUCCUGCGAGCGUUGCACGUCAACCCCGACAAGUCGAAGCUGAUACUGCGACCGGACAGGACCAUCGUCACGCUCGACCAUCACAUCUGGCCGUCGAUGUCGGACGAGGACUGGAUCAAGGUGGAGACGCAGCUGCGGGACCUCAUUCUCAACGACUACGGAAAGAAGAACAGCGUCAACGUGUCGAGCCUGACGAGCAGCGAAGUGCGCGACAUCAUCCUGGGCAUGGAGAUUUCGGCGCCGUCGAUGCAGAGGCAGCAGGCGGCCGAGAUCGAGAAGCAGCAGCAGGAGCAGCAGCAGCAGCUGACGGCGGUGACGACCAAGACGCAGAACGUGCACGGCGAAGACAUCAUCGUGACGACGACGUCGCAGUUUGAGCAGCAGACGUUUGCGUCCAAGACGGAGUGGCGGACGCGAGCGCUCGCGACGUCGAACCUGCACAAGAGGACCAAGAACAUCUACAUCUCGUCGGUCGACACGGACACGGACGAGAUGACGUACGUGAUGCCGAACAACAUCAUCAAGAGGUUCAUCACCAUCGCGGACCUGAGGGUGCAGGUGGCCGGCUAUCUGUACGGGGCGUCGCCGCCGGACAACGACCUGGUCAAGGAGAUCCGGUGCAUCGUGAUGAUGCCGCAGAUCGGCGGGCUGCGCAACGUGCAGCUGCCGCAGCAGCUGCCGAGGUGCGAGUUCCUCGAGGACCUCGAGCCGCUGGGAAUCAUCCACACGGUGUCGGGCACGGAGCUGCCGUACAUGUCUCCGUCGGACGUGACGGAGCACGCGCGGCUGCUCGACGCGCACGAGGCGUGGGACAAGACCAACACGGUGACGGUGUCGGUGUCCUUCAUGCCCGGCAGCGUCUCCAUGGCCGCAUGGGGGCUCACGCCGCAGGGGUACAGAUGGGGGGCGGAGAACAAGGACACGCAGAGCAACGAGCCGCAAGGGUUUGCGCAUACGAUGGGGGAGAAGCGGAAGAUGCUGCUGAGCCCGAGGUUCCGAGGCUUCUUCCUCGUGCCCGACGACGGGCGGUGGAACUACAGCUUCCUCGGCAGCACGUUUGCGGGCAUGGAGAAGAAGGCGGUGCACGUCAAGCUCGACACGCCGCUGCCGUUCUACAACGACCACCACCGGCCGGUGCACUUCCAGAGCUUCGCGGAGCUCGAAGACAUUUGGGUCGACAGGGCGGACAACUUUGAGUAG